AUGAUUCCAUCGUUGGGCCUAGUUGUCAAGUACGGUGCCGACACAACAGUGACUGAGGCACAGACUCAAAUAAUGAUAUGCACGCACCUGAAAGGCCAAGUACCUGUCCCUCGGGUCUUUGGCUGGACUGAAGAUGGGGGUCAAGUUUUUAUCUAUAUGUCAUUGAUUGAAGGCGAGACUCUGCAGGAAAGAUGGGGUGACAUGAAUGAGAAUGAAAGACGGUUUGUCUGUGAGGAACUCAAAUGUAUGGUGAAGGCGUGGAGGUCAUUGGAGCAAGAAAGGCAUGACCAUUAUGUCAGUAGUCUGGGUAGGCAACCACUGAAUGAGAUCUUUCUUUCAAAUCAUCCAAACAUCACAGGGCCAUUCCAAGGUGCAAAUGCUGUCCAGCGAUUCCAAGACACUUGCGGAAUUGAAAUCAAUGGGGAAGCGCCUAUUGUCUUCACACAUGACAAUCUUAUCCCGCCAAACAUCCUUUUGUCGUCUGGGCCGAAUCCAAGAGUAGCAGCGAUCAUUGACUGGGGCCAGGCAGGAUGGUAUCCUGCUUACUGGGAGUACUGA